GGCAAUGUGCCAGCAGUCGUCGACUUCCUGGCUUUCGACACCCCAUGGACGACGCACAGCCCAACGGCGCGACGAUUGUCCCCUUGGCGCCUUCAAGCUCCGCCACGACGGCAUCGUCGACACCUCCCGAAUGCCGUGGAUUGUGUGUGUCCAACUCGAAUGAUGCGAACGCCAGGGGAUUCUGCGGCGUCGAGAAAGAAGCAGGGUCGUUGAAAGAAUGCGCUGAUGACAUCCGUGUCGUCGUGCGAUGUCCGCCCGCUGCAUCGGUGUGUUCCCUCUCUGACAUCACCCAGGUCUUGGGUUCGCCGGUACCAUUCAAGUCGGAGUCCUUCGACCUGUUGGCAGACGUUGGGCUCAGCCCGUCCUUCUGCCGCUCGAACCUUCCUUCCGUCUUCCUCUGUCGCACAACGCAACCCAACACUCCAUCCGUCACCAAACUCAACGUGACGACGACGACUGCAACUCCCUCCACAUUUCCUGAAUCCAGCGUUCUCGCUCCAUCCAUCACGACCACUCCUCCUGUUGCCGAGGUUACCUCAUCGCCAGGGCCGCUCAUCGGCGGCUGUGUUUGUGGUCUCGUUCUCGUUGCAUUAGCGGUCUUUCUUUUCAUUCAACGCUCUCGCCGUAGUCGUCACCAACAACCGGUGGCCGAUGACGAUUUGGAAGCUUUUCCCUAUGCCAUCGCCCAGACACCCAAAGCGCUGCCGCUGCUUGCCAACACGGACAUCAACACCACCCAUCCUGUCGCUUUCGCUCCCGUCCACAGCAUCUCGGACGACGACGACUUGCCAGUGUUAGAUGCCACCGUGCCCACAUCAACCAUGUCCUCCAGUGCGCUCACCGUUCCAUCGUCGGACGGACCAUCCUCGCGCCAUAACCUUCCCGAUCGCAUCCGAGCCUCCCGACCGGAUCUCACCGAUCUCUGGAUGUCUUCUCUCGACCUCGUCAAGGCCAAUCCGCUCAAGGGCGGCGAUCUCGACCUCAAAGUAGUCACAAUCCAAGGCAAAAAGGUCGUCGUUCGUGUUCUCGCCAACGCUGCAGACGCUUCGUCAACCACGAGCCAUGCCUUCUUCGACUCGAUUCAGUUCAUUCGGCGCAUCAUGCACCCCCACAUCACAUCUGUCUUGGGCGUCGGGUGCCUCCAGCACCACGAAGACGUUGCAGUUGCCACCGAAUUUAUGGACCAAGGCAGCCUUGGCGCGUAUUUACUUCAACUGAAGAAACAACCAUCAUCCACCGCGGCGACGCUUCGAGGACCGCUGCAUCUGGCGCUGCACAUCGGCCGGGCACUGGACUACCUCCAUACGACACACAACCUUGCGUUCGGUAGCAUCCACCCCGACAAGGUCCUUGUGUACCGCGAUUCCACAGCGGACGACGACAACCCCCGCGUCGGUGCCAAGCUCAGCGUAUUCCACCUCAUGGCACGCGGCCCCCACGGCGCGGUAUACGAGCCCAAACGAGCCUGCUCCAACACAAGCGGCCUAGCCAACAACGUGGCAUUUCUUGCCCCCGAACGCCGCACCUACACAGACAACGAGCCCACUAUGGCCAGCGACGUGUACGCCCUCGCCGUUGUGGCAGCUAUGAUCUGGACGACCGAGGCGCCGCAUUCGGCCUUAUAUCACGAACAAGGACUCGUCCGGGGAGAUAUCUUUCUGUACAACCAUUCCGAUACGUUACCGUACUCCAGUUUACCGGGGAUGCCGACGCCUUUGGCCGACCUCCUCCGACAGUGCUGGCAAGUGCAUCCCGCCUCGCGGCCCUCUGUUGCCACACUCGUCGCAACACUCGAGCAGUUCGCACAGUAAACGAACCAACAUUUCUGUACUCUGUGCUUGCGGCAGAUGUAUGCCCAAUGGC